AUGGCGGCUUCCUUCAAGAAGACCGUGAUAAAAUCUACUCCACGUGUUGGCGAAAAUGUCACCUCAGACACGAAUUACUGGAAAAAUUUAGAGGUACCAGUGACCAAAAAGGAGUAUGGCGCUAUAACCCACAUAGAGUUCAGCCCUACUGAACCAAACAGCUUUGCUGUAACUAAUUCAACUAGAGUACAAAUCUACAGUUCAAAGUCACUGCAGAUUCUUAAAACCAUCAGUCGAUUUAAGGAUGUGGCAUAUAGUGGAAGUUUCCGUGAUGAUGGCAAGUUGUUGGUUGCGGGUGGUGAUGAGGGUCUUAUCCGUCUGUUUGAUGUGGAAGGCCGCGCACUGCUUAGGGUUUUCAAAGGACAUACAGGAGCUGUGCACGUGACAAAGUUCUUGCGUGACCGCGUGCGGCUGUUUUCAGGAGCUGAUGACAACAGUGUUGCAGUUUGGGAUAUACCUCGUGAAGCACAGAUCGCCACCUACAAGGAACACCAGGACUAUGUACGAUGUGGUGUUUCAAGUCUGUCCAGCAAUGACAUCCUCCUUACAGGUUCCUACGACCACAAGGUGAAGCUUUAUGACACACGUAUUGGGGACAGCGUGCUGACCGUAGAUCAUGGACAGCCGGUGGAAGAUGUCCUCACGUUUCCUACAGGGGGAAUCUUUAUUUCUGCAGGUGGUAAUGUUGUCAAGGUUUGGGAUGCUUUGUCUGGAGGCAGGUUGCUGACUACUUUGUGUAACCAUCACAAACAGGUGAUGUCCUUGGCUUUCUGCAGUAAUUACCAACGCCUCCUCUCAGCAUCACUCGACAGACAUGUAAAGAUCUAUGACUUAAGUUCCUACCAAGUUGUACAUACACUAGACUACCCUGGGACCCUUACAGCUGUCGCUGUGUCUCCUGACGACAACUUACUUGUGGUAGGAACAGCAGAAGGUUUGGUGUCCAUACAAAAGAGGAAACCAGAAGAUGAAGUCAUGCCUAAGAAAAAGAAAGUCCAGAACAGUAGAUUUGGUCUCAAAGGGAAAACACAUAUUCCAGACGAGGAUGAUUAUCACGUGGAGCAUACCAGGAAAGACCACCUUACCAAGUACGACAAAUUCCUAAAGAAGUUUGAGUACAGCAGGGCUCUGGACGCUGCUAUGCAUUGGACUGUCCGAUUAUCCAAUCCAGAUGUAACAUUAUCAGUCCUACAGGAGCUUAUACGACGUGAAGGAAUCAGACCAGCUCUGGCAGGCAGGGAGGAGAAAUCUUUGUCACAUCUACUCAGAUUUAUAGAAAAAAACAUUUACAAGCCUAGGUACAUGAAUACACUAAUUGAUAUUAUGGCCCUGUUACUAGAAAUGUACAAAGGCUUAAUUGACCAGUCCCAUGACCUUGGUGCCCACCUGAAGCGUGUUAACCAUGUUGUCCAGCGUGAGGUAGCCCUGAUGAAACAGCUGUAUGAGGUGAUGGGUACCAUGGAUACUUUGUUUGCAGCUGCAACAUCCCAGCAGACCAAUCAGACAUCAGAGUUAGGUCUGGCUGACGAAAGACUGACACCUUCUACAGCUGCUGCCCAAUCAGUGUAGCAUUUUGAAGAUGAUGAAGAUUUUGGCAUGUUGACAUCAGUAAUAUGUAACUAAGAUAUAUUUAAGAUCCUUUUGCUUAGUGAAAACACAAUUGAUUGUGUAAACAUGACUGAUAUUGGAUAAGAUACAAUUCCAAAGAAAGUCUUGACAGCUAAAAAAAGGCAAAAGGGAUCGGGUGAGACUGGUUAACCAAUGAUGUGUUCAGGAUGUGAUCAGGUGAUUCUGGUCCACCAAUGAUAAGGUUGGGAUGUGAUCAGGUGAUUCUGGUCCACCAAUGAUAUGAUGGGGAUGUGAUCAGGUGAUACUGGUCCACCAAUUAUAUGAUGGGAAUAUGAUCAGGUGAUACUGGUCCACCAAUGAUAUGAUGGGAAUGUGAUCAGGUGAUUCUGGUCCACCAAUGAUAUGAUGGGGAUGUGAUCAGGUGAUACUGGUUGGUCCACCAAUGAUAUGGUUGGGAUGUGAUCAGGUGAUACUGGUCCACCAAUGAUGUGUUCAGGAUGUGAUCAGGUGGUUCUUGUUCACCAAUGAUAUGGUGAGGAUAUUUUAUGAGAUGGUUUAUACUGAGUAAAAUUUCUGAUCAGGAUGUAAUAGUCAGACAUAUCAUCAGACAUUUGUCUUGUCAUAUUUCCUAGUUAUAAAUAGCACCACCCAAAUACAGGAGAUGAAAAAUGUCUAUUUUACUCAGCCUGAAAUACCUGAACAGUUUCUGCCUUUUAUUCGUGAAAUAAAAGUUUGGGAAAAAGUCCUUCGAGUAUCAGUUUUCUUCUUCCCAGCUUACAAUUGCUGUACUGUUGAUUUAAGCUGUCACAUUGUUGAUGGCAAUUUUCGGCUCUGAAUUGUCCAGUUUACAUGGUGCUUCUCCAGUCUGGUGUAACAGAUUGUGUAAUGUGAGGCAGAUGGUUUGAUUUUAUGUUUAGUAUUAGUAAUGAAGUGAGGUAUGUGUGAUAUUGAGUGAAGUGAUAUAUGUGUGAUAUUGAGUGAAGUGAGGUAUGUGUGAUAUUGAGUGAAGUGAUAUAUGUGUGAUAUUGAGUGAAGUGAGGUAUGUGUGAUAUUGAGUGAAGUGAUAUAUGUGUGAUAUUGAGUGAAGUGAGGUAUGUGUGAUAUUGAGUGAAGUGAGGUAUGUGUGAUAUUGAGUGAAGUGAGGUAUGUGUGAUAUUGAGUGAAGUGAUAUAUGUGUGAUAUUGAGUGAAGUGAGGUAUGUGUGAUAUUGAGUGAAGUGAGGUAUGUGUGAUAUUGAGUGAAGUGAGGUAUGUGUGAUAUUGAGUGAAGUGAUAUAUGUGUAGUGAUUGUGUGAUGCUAGUCAUAUGUUAGUAUAGUCUGGGUAUGACAGAAGUUUGAUUCUCUGUGCUGUAGUAAUGGGUGACAAGUAUAGUCUGGGUAUGACAAGUUUGAUUCUCUGUGCUGUAGUAAUGGGUGACAAGUAUAGUCUGGGUAUGACAGAGGUCUGAUUCUACACUCUGUGCUGUAGUUAUGAGUGACUUCUGAGAGAAAGAGUCUGGUGUGAUGUGAUCAUGUAUAGAUACGAUGAGCAGUUAAAUGUGACUUACGAUCAGCAUUUGAGAAAUAAAUGAAGGUCAAGUUGUAA